AUGGCCGAGAGAAAGAGGAACUGGAAUAAAGAAGAUGACCUGCCUGUGUAUCUAGCUAGGCCGGGCACGACAGCCCAGACACCGCGGCAGAAAUACGGGGGAAUGUUCGCCUCCGUGGAGGGGGCCUAUGAGAAUAAAACCAUCGACUUCGACGCCUACAGCGUGGGGAAGAAGGGGUCCCGGACCCCGCGGAGCGGCAGCCGGCACGACAUGCUGGACGGAGGGGACAACUACAGCGAGACCGCCAGCGACAUCAGCGAGAUCUCCGGCUCCGUCAUUAGCUCCCCGGGAGACCGGGAAGACAAGACCCCGGGCGUGGAGAUCAAAUACCCCAUGGGGAAGGAGCUACUGCAGGGCCAGGACAAUGGACAGAGUGACCGACUGCUCAUUAAAGGUGGAAGAAUUAUCAAUGAUGACCAUUCCUUCUAUGCAGACCUAUACCUUGAAGAUGGACUUAUAAAGCAAAUAGGAGAGAAUCUGAUUGUCCCUGGAGGAGUCAAGACCAUAGAAGCCAAUGGGCGCAUGGUUAUUCCUGGGGGAAUAGAUGUCAACACUUACCUACAGAAGCCCUACCAAGGGAUGACUGCUGUUGAUGACUUCUAUCAAGGCACAAAAGCAGCACUAGCAGGGGGCACCACCAUGAUCAUUGAUCAUGUGCUUCCAGAACCUGGAUCAAGUUUACUGACCGCCUUUGAGAAGUGGCAUGAGGCAGCUGAUACCAAAUCAUGUUGUGAUUAUGCUCUCCAUGUGGAUAUUACCAGCUGGUAUGAUGGGAUUCGAGAAGAGCUGGAAGUGCUUGUGCAAGACAAAGGUGUGAACUCGUUUCAAGUCUACAUGGCGUACAAAGAUCUCUACCAAAUGUCCGACAGCCAGCUUUAUGAAGCCUUUACCUUUCUAAAGAGUCUUGGGGCUGUUAUCUUGGUCCAUGCGGAAAAUGGAGACUUGAUAGCUCAGGAACAAAAACGUAUUCUGGAGAUGGGAAUCACUGGGCCUGAGGGACAUGCCCUGAGCAGGCCAGAAGAGCUUGAAGCAGAAGCAGUUUUCCGUGCCAUCACGAUUGCCAGUCGAAUAAACUGCCCAGUAUACAUCACCAAGGUGAUGAGUAAAAGUGCAGCUGAUAUCAUUGCACUGGCCAGGAAGAGAGGUCCCCUUGUUUUUGGAGAACCGAUCACUGCCAGCUUGGGGACAGAUGGGACACAUUACUGGAGCAAAAACUGGGCCAAGGCUGCAGCUUUUGUGACCUCACCUCCUCUGAGCCCUGACCCUACCACUCCAGACCACUUAAAUUCCCUCUUAGCAUGUGGGGACCUGCAGGUGACGGGAAGUGGACAUUGCCCCUAUAGCACUGCCCAGAAAGCCAUUGGAAAGGACAACUUCACUAUGAUUCCCGAAGGGGUCAAUGGAAUUGAGGAAAGGAUGACUGUGGUCUGGGACAAGGCUGUAGCCACAGGCAAGAUGGACGAGAGCCAGUUUGUAGCUGUCACCAGCACCAAUGCUGCCAAAAUCUUUAAUCUGUAUCCAAGAAAAGGCCGGAUUGCUGUAGGAUCUGAUGCUGAUGUUGUUAUUUGGGACCCUGAUAAGGUGAAGACUAUAACAGCCAAAAGCCAUAAAUCGGCCAUUGAGUACAACAUCUUUGAAGGAAUGGAGUGCCAUGGUGCCCCACUCGUGGUCAUAAGCCAAGGGAAGAUAGUGUUUGAAGAUGGAAAUCUGCACAUAAAUAAGGGAAUGGGCCGCUUCAUCCCUCGCAAACCUUUCCCUGAGUAUCUUUACCAGCGCAUCAAAAUCAGGAAUAAGGUGGGAGGACUGCAAGGAGUCUCGAGAGGAAUGUAUGAUGGACCUGUGUAUGAAAUUCCAGCUACACCAAAAUAUGCAACUCCUGCACCGUCAACUAAAUCCUCCCCUGCCAAAAACCAGCCCCCACCAAUCAGAAACCUCCAUCAAUCCAAUUUCAGCUUAUCAGGAGCUCAGAUUGAUGACAACAACCCACGUCGUACCGGCCACCGCAUCGUGGCACCUCCUGGUGGGCGCUCCAAUAUUACCAGUCUUGGCUGAAAAAUUAUGAUGGACAGAAACACAAGGAUGAAGGAUCAUGGGAAUAAUGUCCAUUCCCUUCAAUAUCUGUGUUAUCAAGCCCACAGUUUUAUUUGGUACUAAUGGAAAUAAAAACCGAAAUGUCUUUUUUUUUUUUAAUUUUUUUUUUUUUUUUUGUAUAGAAAGAGGUGAUAAUAGUGUGGUGUGUUUGCUUGGAACUACUUGCCUCACAAUUGUGCUUUCAUGCCAUAGUCACCUUAAAGCAUGGUGCUUCCAUUGUCCCUUUAGUGACUACAGGUUUUAGCUUUGUCUCGUAACUGAAUGAUGGUUCCUUUGCACCCUUUCGCUGUAUUAGAAUAGUUAAUGCAUGUUACUGAGUUAUUUAUGCAAGUUGCAUUCUGUGAGUGAGUCCCUUUAGAACACAUUGCCAACAAUUGACUAGACACAAUGCCAAGAUUAA